AAAAAAACCAAAAACAUCAACAUGAAAUUCGUCAUUGUUUUCGUUGCCCUCUUCGCUUUGGCCUUUGCCGCUCCUGCUGCAGAAGUCCAACUCCUUCGCUCCGAAUCUGAUGUUGGACCUGAAAGCUUCAAAUAUAUUGUUGAGACCUCUGAUGGUACCAAAGCUGAAGCUGAGGGACAACUGAAGAACGCUGGUUCCGAACAAGAAGCUAUCGCUGUCCAUGGCUCUUACUCCUUUGUGGCUGAUGAUGGUGUGACUUACACCGUGACCUAUGUUGCUGAUGAGAACGGUUUCCAGCCACAGGGCGCUCAUUUGCCCGUUGCCCCUGAGGCUUAA